UCCUCACAACUCACAAAUCCCCAACCUCCACAAGCAAUCAAAAACCCAAGCAAACACAAUACAAAACAACAACCUUACUUAUCACAAAAAUGAAGCCAUCAACCCUCCUAAUCGCUUCAUUCUUCCUCCUAGCUGCCUUGACCGCAAAGCUACCGGUCUCCUUCGCUGCUUCUCCCGUCCCAGUCACUGACGUGGAUGGCACUCCACUCCGCUCCGGCCUCAACUACUUCAUCCUUCCCUCCGUCUCUGGGAACGGCGGCGGUGUAGCCCUAGACCGAACCAAAACCAAGAAAUGUCCUCUCUCCGUCUUUCAAGACGAAUACGAGCUCUCGAAGGGACUCUCCGUGGUCUUCCUUCCCGUAAAUACCAAGCCAGGCUACACCGUCCAAACUGCCACUGACCUCAACAUCGAGUUCACCGCAGAGACGGCAUGUGACGAGGCGACGGUGUGGAAGGUGGAGAGCUACGACGAUGAUGUUAAACAGUGGUUCAUUGGAACCGGUGGGAUCGAAGGGAAGCCAGGUCCGAGGACGGUGGAAAACUGGUUCAAGAUCGCCAAGUUCGGUGGGAACUACAAGAUUGUGUACUGCCCUUCGGUGUGCAAGUCUUGCAAGGUUACAUGCAAGGACGUUGGGAUCUAUGAGGAUGAGGAUGGCAAGAAGAGGCUUGCUCUCAGUGACGACCCUAUGAUUGUUAAGUUCAUGAAGGCUCCGAGCCACUAAAGACUAUAAUUUAUGUAUUUAAUACGUUUACUAUGUAUUGUUUGAGAAUAAGAGCUAACAAUUAGCACCAUAUAUAUUACUACGUAUAUGGCGCAACAGCUCAUCAAAUUAUUUGCUUUAUGUACUUGAAAUUAUUCAUAAUCAAUUUAUGCAUUUUGAUCCAUGCAUGUUGAUCAUCCGAUGUUCUAUGAUGGAAAUCUGUCGCCAAGAAAGAGUUUAACUGCCAUAAUAUAGCAUGGUAACCGAAUCUUCUCGCACUACAAAAAAGCUGCAUUUUAGUCACCGGCAAUCGGUUGCGGAAGCCCACUUUCCGGGAACUAUACUAUUUGCGACCGAAAUAGGGUCACUAGAGGAUUCGUCGCUAUUGGUUACAGACUACCAAUUUUUGUUGCGGGCGCUAAAUGUUUUGCGACUGUAACCUAGCCGAUCGCUAUUUAACGACAAGGCUUCAGGUCGUGGUUGGGUUCCUUGCAGCGACCGGAUUGGUUUAUCAUUAUCAGUAACUAGUUUUUCGGUCCAGUUUUGGUAAAUUUUCAGAGACCGGACAAAAUUAUUGCGACGGGAUUUCUGGCGUGAUGGUCAUUCUUUUAGGAACUAGUUUGCAAUUUUGGCGACUAAAACUUCUGUCACUAUAUGUUAUCCAUCGUAACCGGCACCACGGUGAUGACCCAUCAGAUCUCAGUUGAAGAAUUAUCUUCUUCAUUGUCAUUAGGCAAAACCCAAAAAGACAGGAAAUGCAAAAUGUAGCCACAAAACAAAGAUAUUAUCUUAAUAUCUGAUGCUACAUUAUUUCUUAAUCCAACUCCUAUUACUAUUGCAUAAAAAAAACUCCUAUUACUACCCUGAAUUCUUUAUAAAAAAAUUAUUCAUGGCAUUAUCAAAAUUUAACAAUCAUAAUCUUCAGAAAAUAAUUAACUACCUUUCAGAAAAAUAUUGAGAUAUUUUGAAUGAUUUAUCAUCGUAAAUAAAUCGAUAAAUAUAUUAUUAUUAGAUUUUUUUGGUGGAGAAUUUCUUUUCAUUGAAGGAAAACGACCGUAUUCAAGUUCAAAAAUUUUAACAUUAUUUUUUAAAAUAUCUUGAAACUAAGUUAGUUACACAUCCAAUUACUCCAUCAUUAGCCCGUGUUUUACUUUAGGUAACCAGUUCGUGGAGCGGGAGCGGAAGCGAGAGCGUGAGAGCGCUUGAUUUAGAAGAAUUCAGUACUAAGAGCGUGAAAAAAGCGUCAAUAUUAUAUUAAUAUUUAUGCAAAAAACUUAAUUUAUAGUGAAACACAAAACCAAAUAAUUGAAUUAAAUAACCAAAAAACUUUAAAAGAAUGAUUCAGUUACCAGAUUCAAUCAAGUAUCUCCUAUCUAAAUCCCAAGUUGGCAACAAAAAUUAAUUCAAAAUUUCUAAAAAGACUAAUAUUUGAAUCCAUAUAAACAGUGGUGCAUAAUAUAUUUAAUAUUUAUUUAUAGUUAUUAUAAAGCAUUUUGUACUUGUAUCGGAAUUUGGAAAGGGAUACUAACGAGUAACCAGGAUAUAGAUAAGGGAAGAGAUUUCCGCCGAAGAAAAAGAAAGAUGAGGGAUAAAAAUAAAUGUCGUCAUUUUGGGAUUCGCAUCGUUCAUUCUCUCUCUUUCUCUGACUGGAACCAAACCCGCCGAGAAACGACUUCCACCACCAAAUUCGUCACCGUGACUUCCUCUCCAGCCGGCCGACCAUCGACUACACCCUUGAACUCCACUCCUCCAUACCUCAAUACCCGCAGCCCCGACCACCAAUAAUCCAUCGCUUAGCCUGUACUUUAUUACUCCAGAAAUUCCCAAUCACGAACGGCGGACGGCGAGUCAAAGACUCCCGAGAAGUUUGACGAUGGAGCUUGAUUUGAUUUGGAGUCCUCAAUGGCAUGGACCAAUUUCAAGUCUCGUGUUUGCUAAUACAUCUGGAGGAACAGAGUGCUGCAUGUCGACGACGACGAAAGAAAAUGUGGGAGGGCAA